GAAAAAAGAAAGAAAGAAGAAUCAGAAUGCAAUGCUCUUCCUAUCCUGAUACCACAAACAAAAUCAAAUAGAGAGAGAGAGAGAGAAAGAGAGAGAGAGAGAGAGAAUGGCAGUUGAAAUGAGUACCAUUGCUACUAGUACUACUAGAGGAUGUAUGCUACGAGCUCACAUCCCCUUUUACUCUAAGGAGAAGCUUCAUUUGCCUACAUCUAAUGUUUUUAAGAUGGCCAAAACCUCUCUCUCAUCAUCAACACUAUCUUCCUCUUCUUUCAUCUCUCCUUCAACCCUCCUCCACCGCCGCCAGUGCAGGUCUGGCAUCAUCUGCAAAGCCGGUAGUGGAACCGAUGUAGCUCUAGUGGUGACUGAUACAGACUGGAGCAAUCUCGUUGUUGGUAGCAAAACGCCCGUUCUAGUAGAAUUUUGGGCCCCAUGGUGUGGACCCUGCCGAAUGAUCACGCCAGUGAUCGACGAACUGGCGAGAGAAUACGCCGGGAAGAUUGCUUGCUACAAGCUCAACACCGACGAUUGCCCGACCAUAGCCACACAGUACGGUAUUCGGAGCAUACCGACUGUGUUGUUCUUCAAGAAUGGAGAGAAGAAAGAAAGUGUCAUUGGUGCAGUGCCCAAAUCCACCUUGACUGCUACCAUAGAGAAAUAUUUGUAAAUGUGAUGCAUUUGCUUAAAACCAUGGUUACCAUAUGGUUCAUGUGGUUGCACCAUAACAAUUAUCCUUACGUGGAUGCAUGUAGUCCAUGAAUUUCUGAUAAAUGUAUAACUGUGGGGCCCAUGGUGACAUUGGUCACAAUUUAGGCCCGAGCUUUCAAUUGUCAAGAUGUCCUUCCAUUGAGAAAUGAUCACUUGUGUAUAACAUCACUCCGAGCAGUGAAAAAGGUGGGCCACACCAUGAAGGUUGCCUGGAGAGAAAAUCAGGUUGGCCCAGUCGUUGAUGGACACUCAUUGGUGGGCCCAACCAGCCCAACAGAGUUGUAUUCGGUGAUGUUAGGAUCUUAAGAAAUUAAUGCAUUAUACUUGCAUUGCUUA